AGCAUGGGUAGGUCCCACGAGCACAUUUCAGCCAAUCACAGUUUGAUACGCCUCCAUCUCCCCUCUCCUCUCAAACUUUCAUUUCUCCUAUAAUAAUAUUAGUGUAUUCAGUUGCCAUCAAGUUAGUACGGUUUGAAGUUUGAACUGAUUGAUCUGAUCAUUUACUUUAAAAGAAAUUUUUUUAACCCAGUUGCCCAGUUGGAUUUGAUCUCUCUCAAAAAUCCAAAUCAAAUUUGCCAUUAACAAGCAGAUUGAGCGAGAAAAAGAACCCCUUUCUUUCUGUUUUUGUUUUCCUACUUUUUAUUGCUCCAUUUUAUAGGGAGGAUCUAGCUCCAUGUUGCCUGUGUCAUUUCAGUUGGCAACUUUAUCUGUGUUUUCUUAAAUGGGUUUAGGGUUUUUUGCCACUCUUAUAAAUUGAACAAUCCAAAUUGCAGCACCAUAGAGCAUUAAACUUCAGAGAAAUCAGAGUUUAAAGCUCUUUUUUUUUUCUGUGUGCUUGAGAGUUUUAAAAGUCACAAAGACUAUCCCUUUUUACCUUUUUGUACCUUAAGAAUUCCUCUAAAAUGGUUUUUUUAUGUUUGGUUUUCAUGUAGCAACCAAAGGUGGAGCACAAUCUGCCUUUAGGAUCUUAUAUAAAAGAGCAGCUCUCUAGUGUUUGCCGUUCAUAAUUGAGAUCUACUUUAACCCCUUUUCUUUCUCUGGUUUUUCUGUUUUUUUGGGGGAGUUUUUUUCCUACAGUUUGUUCAAUUUUCCUUGGGCUUUGGAAAGUUGAGUUCUCUUUCCAAGAUUCCUCUCAUCAUAAACUCGUGUCAAAAGGGGUAUUCUGUAUUCAGAUUCUUCUUUGAUAAAAUGCUUAUCUAAGGAGCAUCAUUGAAUACUAAAGACGUACCCAUUAGCCACUCCUUAAACCAGUCCCUCGCAUUUGUUCUUUUUCUCCCCAGUUUUCUUCCCAAUCUCGGAUGAAAGUACAGAAGAGAUGAACAGAGGAAUGGAAAUCCUAUCUCCUGCAUCAUCAUUUCUGGGCAGCCCGAGUGACAAUUGGUUGUUGUUCGAUGACAGCAGCAGAGGAACAACAAAGUGGACACCAGAAGAGAAUAAAAGGUUUGAGAAUGCACUGGCUCUGUUCGAUAAGGAUACUCCGGAUCGAUGGAGGAAUGUGGCGGCUAUGAUCCCAGGAAAGACAGAGAGUGAUGUGAUGAAACAGUACAGGGAAUUAGUAGAAGAUGUUAGUGAUAUUGAAGCAGGGUUGAUUCCAAUCCCUAGUUAUUUGGCCAACUCCUUCAAGCUGGAAUGGGUAGACUCUAAUCAUGGUUAUGGUUAUGGUUAUGGUUAUGAUGAUUUCAAGCAAUUCUAUUCCCCGGGUUGUAAGCGAAAUGGAUCGGCUCUUCGCCCUUCUGAUCAUGAAAGGAAGAAAGGUGUGCCCUGGACUGAGGAAGAACACAGGCAAUUUCUGUUGGGGCUGAAAAAGUAUGGGAAAGGAGACUGGCGCAAUAUAUCACGCAAUUUCGUGACCACUAGGACACCAACUCAGGUUGCGAGUCAUGCUCAGAAGUACUUUAUCAGGCAGCUUUCAGGGGCCAAAGAUAAAAGGAGAUCAAGCAUACACGAUAUCACCACAGUAAAUCUUGCUGACAGCAAGUCCUCCUCUUCUUCCUCCGAAGACAAUCGAAUCGAGCGAAAACCGGCGCAGCAUUUGAACCCGAACGAUGUCGUGAAAUCGCCGUUUUACAGCUAUCAUCAUCAAGGAGGGACAAUGCCGUUUAGCCUCUCGAAUCGAAGCAGUGUCAUAACAACAUCAGCUUAUGAUUAUGAUCAGAAGCCCAGCCAUUUGCAUGGAUUUCAACUUGGAGAUUACAACACAGUUUUCCAGAUGUAGAGACUUCCAUCCACGAGAAUGGUCAAGUUAUAUACAAUUUAUAAAAAACAUGUGUUUGCCUAUGAAAAGUUCGUGUAAAUAUUAGCCUGGAUAUGUGAAACAAGUGAUGCAUGAAGGGUCAAAUUUGGCUGUGCUUAUUAGUUAAUACAGAGGAAAGAAAGCUACCUUAGAAUUAUUAAAUGGGUUGGUGGGGAAAAAACAGCUUCCAAAGUUAAUUUCCUACUACAUUUUAGACCAAAUUCCGACUAGAAGAAGUUUCAGAGUUGCUCAUUGGGAGGUAUUCAUUACUCAUUAGGCCUUUUGUCCAUAAGAUUGGUCAUUCUUUAGGAUUGUCAGUGAUAAUCCUGAAACUAGGAGGAUUCGCCCCGAGAUUUCUUCAAUUUUCUCCAUAGUUUUGUCAAGAUUUGUUAUCCCAAUUCAAUCAGCAAUAAAACGAUCGUUUUAUGUCCUGCUUUUUGCUCCUGAGAAUUGGUCAAUCCCUGAGAAAACUUAACCAGUUAAACUUCUACACAGUAAUGGAAAAUGGGUGUCAACUCUGAGAAUCAUAUUUCUA